AUCGAAUGUAAAAUAGGAUAACACAAGUUAUAGGUGAGUUGUUUAAUGGGGUGAUUCAAAGAGAAGUGAUAGUCCUACUUUAAACCCAUACUGUAAGUAGAGAGCUGUAUGCAAUCCAUGAUUAGAAGGAAUAUACGGUGUGUUUGAGACGAUGUAGGCCUCUAGGAGCCAGGAGAGGAGCGCAGAAAGGAAUUGGCCAAGAAGAACUUGCGGCUGUGUGGAGCAUGUGUGUCUGAGUGUCCUGUUUUCUCUUGCAGUCUAUUUUAAGACUGCCCUGAGUCAGGGGAAUAGAAGUCCCGAGUCCGUCUGCUGUUGCUGUGCGUACGACACCACUCUCUUGUGGGAGCUAUAUGGAGGGCUGAUCUUGGGUGAAAAAUCAAAGCCCAACAAGGGGCUUUUUCGACCAGGAACAUGGAAAGCUUGGUUCCUUCAGAAUGUGAUAGAGCGUCUGAGAUCUCCUCCUGCCUGGACGAUGAAGCCCCCCCUGACAGCGUCCUGAAUGCAGAAGACAAAGAGGAGCUUACCCAGAGGUAUGGACUGUGACCCCCACUGCCGUAGGAGACAGGGAAGACCUGCGUGUAUAUCAAGGGCCAGUGACAUAAUUAAAAAUCAGGGAUUGGGCAGCCUGACUGCAGGGUACACAAUCUAAAUGGCUGAUUUCAUGACAGAGUCUGCUCGGGCUGGGGAAAUGUUUUUCUAUUUAAAGUGACAGCAGGAAUGACAGCUGGGGGAUAGCUGUCCCUCCCCCCUGUCCCCCUCUCACGGCUGAUACUUGUUCACAUAUGGACAGUGUUCGCACAUUGUGAGUGUUGCAAGGCAGUGAUUUCUCCAGACUGGGCAUCACGGUGACACAUACCAGGCCCCGCACGAUGCCAGGGGGAUCAUAACAACCACUGCCAUUACAGCCAGAGCAGUACAAUGUGGUGUUAGGGCACGUGUCCAGGUGGAGGGUCUCUGCAACAGGAUAUUUAUGAUAGACUAUAGCAGUCAGCUCCUUAGGCGAAACAGUUUCUCUCUGGGGUCAGAUCUCCCUGUCUGUCACUGCUAAAAACUCCCAAUGCAUGCUGGGCGUGAAUCACGGAGCUCCUCAGAAAUAAAACUCACAGUAAUGUGCAAUGUGUAUGAGUGUUUCACAGAGCUCCACAGCAACAAAAACCACAGCAAUAUGGAGUGUGUACAAGUUUAUUACAGAGCUCCACAGCAAUUGAACUCACAAAAUGUGUAGUGUGCAUGAGUGUAUCACAGAGCUUCACAGCAAUGAAACUCACAGUGAUGUGUAGUUCAUCACAAAGCUCCAAUGCAGUAAGUAUCACACAAUGUACAAUGUGUGUGUCACCACAGCAACAGAACUAACAGUAACCUGCCAUGUGUACAACUAUCACAGAGCUCCACAGCAGUAAAUCUUGCAUAAUGUGGGCUGGGUAUUAGUGUAUUACAGAGCUCGAAAUCAACAAAACUCACAGUGAUGUGCAGACUGUAUCACAGAGCUCCACUGCCACAUUAACCUAUCGUGUGCCAGAGGUACAAACCACUAUCUAUGUGGCCACAAUUUGGGUCCCUCCAGGGGAGUACAGAAAUAACUAUCCUAGUUGUGAUUACAAGGAAGGAGCAAAUAAAGAUUUUACCGAUUGAGGGAGCAGGUUUCUAAUUCAAUAGAAUUGAAUGAUAGGAAAUAAAUCCCAUUUUGAGUAAUUGGUUAUGUUUUCAGCCCACUCUCUAAAUACAUUAAGUUAAAUAAAUUGACUGAUUGUCACUCAGAAUGGAUGCUAUUAUAACCUGUAAAUGAUGUAACUUCCAAGUCAUAGUCUCUCGGUUUCAUUGGACUCAGUAUUAUUUGUAUGUUUGUUGACUUGUCCUGUCUGUGGUUUCAUAUUAACCAGUGAUAAAUUAUUUCCAUGCUGGGCUGUGACUGCCGGCCACGUGGUUCUCCUCUCACUGACUCCAAGGAAGAAGACACUGAGAUACAUUGCGGGAACCUCUCCGCUAUCACACUGGGCUUUAUUCACUUAAAAUAAAGCUCUGCCCGACCAGCUCAGCGCCCCCUCUCCAUUGCCAUCCUGGAGCUUCUGAAUGCAGAGUUGUCUUUAAAAUUGAUUAGACCCUGGGCAAGCAUUUGACCCCUCCACCCUCACUUCCUUGCAUGAAAUAAUGCCCUUGAGAAAGAUCCCUUGUGGGAUCGAAACGUUUCACUUUGUUCCAAUAAACCUGCUGAAUUGAUCCUUGAGUGCCUGGACUACAAUUUUUGUUCAACUACACCCCAAAGCAGCGGUGGACCUAAAGUACGGAGGGCCCUGGUACAGGAACUUAUUUGGGCCCCUCUAUCGAAAUGGUGACCAAAAGGUAGAUGUCCAUCGGUCAUGCAACUCCAACAAUGCUUUGCCGAUUGGGGCUCUACCAUUUCCCCGUGCUUGCAGGGUUGUAUUUAAGCAGUGUUUGUGUGUUUGAAUGUCAGCAUGUUUUUGUAUGGAGUAUAUUUGUGUGAAUGUAGGUGUGUGUUUGUAUGUGGUGUUGGCGUUUGAAUGCAAGCAUACACUUAUGUGCAGUGUCAGUUUUUGAAACUAGGGGUGUGUUUAUAUAUGAUUUUGGUGUUUAACCAGUGGUGGGAUUCAGUCGGUUCUCACCGGUUCCCACAAACCUGGUACUAAAAUGUAACAAUUUUUCCGAACCGGUGAUUAAUCUGGCCAACUGAGGUGUCGGGCUGACACCAGGAGGGGGUCCGGAGGCUUGCGUUGUAUGGAGCCGGGAGCUGGGUCCCUCUGUGUAGUCUGGUCUGCCACUGCCUCCGGUCUACAGCUCCACCGCGUGCAAAGCUGCAGACCAUGGAGUAGAGAUCUUGCGAUCUCCAGCAAAACACAGCGUUGCCGUGGUAGUGCCGGAGAUGGCGAGAUCCAUGGUUUGUACCUGGCCUAGCUGCAGACUCUUUCCCCUCACACUACCACCACCCCCACUGUCACCAUCCCCCCAUUGUCACCACCAUCACUGUCAUCAUCCCCUACUAUCAUCAUCCCCCCCACUAAUACCACUUCCCACACUGUCAUCCCCCCACUGUCACCUUCCCCCCAUUGUCACCACUUCCCACCCCCCCACCCCCCGCGACUGUCACCAUCCCACUACAUUUUUGUAUGUUGUGCUGACGCUUCAAAGCAGGAGUGUGUUUGUAUGUAGUGUUGAAGUUUGAAUGCAGGGGUGCGUUAGUGUGUAGUGUUGAAUGUAUGAGAUGUAUGUACAUAUACACAUACACUGCCCCACACACUGUGAUACACAUACACGCACACUGCAGAUACACAGAUACACACACUGACUCACAUACAGACACACAGAUACAAAACCUGACAAACAUGCAGAUAAUCAGACAUGCGGAUACACAGAUACACACACUGACUACCUACAGUUACACAGAUACACACAAUGACAACAUACAGAUACACACACCUGACACACACGCAGAUACACACACACACAGAUGCACACACUGACACACUGGCAGAUACAUAGAUACACACAUUGACUACAUACAGAUACAUAGACACACACUAAUUACUUAUAGACAUACUGACACACACCAACACACACACUGACUGACAUACUGACACUCACACAGACACAUACACUGACAGACAUACUGACACACACUGAUAGACAUACUGACACACACAGACACAUAUACUGACAGACAUACUGACACAGACACACACACACACACACACACACAAACAGACAUACUGACACACACACACAUUGACAAACUGAUACAGAGACACACAUGCAAUAUUUACACUUUUAUAGCCACCUUUCAGUUUCCUACCUUUUGGGUGCAAAAGGGUUGCUUCCCCAGAGUCCAGUAUGGUGGCUGAGGCUGUUGGGAGUUAUUCUCUGGCACUCCUGCCGCCUCCCACCCCCCACCCCCCCAACCCUCUAUACCUCUCUCCCACACAGGCUGCAGCUCCAGUCUAUUUGGGAGGAAGUGACUCACAUCUGUCACUUACUCCCAUGCUGCCAAAAGAAAGGGGGCCAGUUGCACUGUUAAAGGGACACUAUAGUCACCAAAACAAGUUUAUCUUAAUGAGGCAGUUUUUGUGUAUAGAUCAUGCCUCUGAUGUUUCACUGCUCAAUUCUCGGCCAUUUAGGAGUUAAACCACUUUUGUUUAUGUUUAUGCAGUAAUAGCCACACCUCCCCUGGUUGUGACUGACACAAAAUAAUUUUAUUUUCAAUCAGAUGUUAGCUUACUUAAAAAGUUUUUAUAUUCUGCUCUGUAAAUUGAACUUUAAUUACAUACAUGCGUCUCCUGCAGGGUCUUGCAAGCUAUCAACAGAGCGGAUGAUUAGAAAUUCUAUAUUAAAUAAAAUUUAUAAUAAAGGAAGUAUAAACAUUAGAUGACUCUUUACAGGAAGUGUUUAGGAAGGCUCUGUAAGUCACAUGCAGGAAUGUGUCCAUAGAGCUGCAUAAACAAAGUGAAUUAACUCCUAAAUGGCAGAGAACUGAGCAGUGAGGCAGCAGGGACAUGAUCUAUACACCAAAAUUGUGUCAUUUAGCUCAAGUUGUUUUGGUGACUAUAGUGUCCCUUUAAUGUACCACAGCACUUGAAUGGGUUCCUGCUUACUUAGUGUGUGGUGCAGUCACACCACCAGCACCAACAGGCCCUGGGAAAAAAAUAAAUUACUGCGAGCAGUGGGGGCUUUGGGGCAGCUGCUUUGGGCUCCCCUGGAGUAACUGGGCCCAGGGCAGCUGCCUUGUAUGCCCCACAUUAAUUACGGCCCUAUUUGAAUGAGUCUGAGUGUGUCAUCCAAGUUACCCAGACAGCAAUCAGUAUCAUUUCAUAUAACAUGCUUACACCAGAGAAGAAGACCAACAAAGAGCAUGAACACUGCCCCACUGAACCAUCAGUAAUUGAGUUUACAGCCUCCCAACCAAAAUAAGCAGAAGGUGGGGUCAAAAAAUAAAUAUAUAUAAAUUCUAAUAUUGUAAUGUAUAGUGAGGCUGGACACAACAUAUAGCCUCCCCUCACACAACAUGCACAAGACUUAUCCACAACACACAUAGAGUCAAGCACAACAUAUACAGCCUCCCCAAAUUCAAAACCUUCUCAGCCACACAACACACACAGCCUCCCCAAAUUCAAUACCUUCUCAGCCACACACAUACACAGCCCCCCAUAUUCAAAACAUUCUCAGCCACACUUCAUACACAGCCUCCCCAAAUUCAAAACCUUCUCAGCCACACAACACACACAGCCUUCCCAAAUUCAAUACCUUCUCAGCCACACUUCAUACACAGCCCCCCAAAUUCAAAACCUUCUCAGCCACACAACACACACAGCCCCCCAUAUUCAAAACCUUCUCAGUCAUACAACAUACACAGCCUCCCCAAAUUCAAAACAUUCUCAGCCACACUUCAUACACAGCCUCCCCAAAUUCAACACAUUCUCAGCCACACAUCAUACACAGCCUUCUGCACAAUUACUCAACACACUCAGCCUCUCCACAUAAAUACAGUUUGCCUAAAAGCAGCUGAUGACACAUGCAUGACCCCACAAACAAUCCACUCCCCACACAAAACACACAUAGCCUUCCCAUACAAACAACACAAACAGAAGCAUUCAAACAACUGAUCAUACACGUAUUAAUAUCCUGCACACAGUUUGUAUCUAGUAUAAAAAGGACUAAUGGCAGAACAAGCUAAAUAUCCCAAUUAGGGGACCUGGUUUCUUGCUAUAACAUCAGUGAGAAAGCCAAGUACCAGUCAUUCAGACCGGAUACUGUCACUGCUCCGAGCCUUGUAAAGGGCAAGACAUAUUGAUUUCUAAUGUUUAUUAUAACGACCAUCAUAAGUUCAUUCGGCUUCAUGUCUUUCUAUCUUAUUUUCCCGGUCCCAUCUCACCCUGUAAUUCCUCAUUAUUUACAUUCAUUUGUGCACUCAGAGUGCCGUAGCACGUUUACUUACUGCAUAUAUAAUAUGGAUCUUGUCAUCUCCUGUCUUAGAGAAGGAUUCCCUUUAAAUACUGUUUGGUGUGAUAGAUCCUAUGACUGGUAGGAGGUAGGUACAAGGAGAGUCAGAUAAGAUUUAUUUAUCAUUAGACCUGACUAUGUACGUUCUUUGUACUGGAUUGAUGGUGUGAAUUCAUUAUCAUAGGAAUCUCAAUGUUUUCAGUCUGUUACAUAUAUAUGUAGUGUGAGGGUGUCUUUUUAUAGUCACAUAUGAUUUAAUAUUUUUUGUCUGAUGAUUACAAAGCCAUAGCACUGUCACCGGUACUAAUUCUGAUUUUCCUUUUAAUUUUCAGUUUAAAGGAUGCUGUUGAUGUUGAAGAUGUAAAACCCAAACUACAAUGCCUUAUGUCCAACCCCUCCUUUUCUAUGGUAACAGUGCAGUGUGAAGACAGUGGAAUUCACUGGGAGACAAGCUCAAGUCGAUGUUCCACACCAUGGGCUUCCGAAGCCAGCACUACCUCCGAUGUGUACAGUAUGGAUAGUUCUUCAGUGGGUACUCCUGGAAAGGUGAUAUUCAUCAUGGACGAAGGCAAGCUGCUUCGAAAAAGAGCCAGGGCAUCCUCACAAUUUUCACGGCACUCUUUGCAUCCAAAGAAAAGUGUGUUAAGUCAUCAAAAGGAAGAGUGUGCGGAAAAUAUGGAGCAAGCAGUUAAAGGUGCAAUAGAAAAAGCUAAAAGUCAAUCAUUUAAACUUGCUGAAAGAUCAAACAAUCUUCAUGACUCUACUGGAAUCAGCAGUGGGGAUGAAGCAUAUUCUCCUCUUGUUUUAAGUGAAGAAACUGCAAUAAAGAGAAAAAAAAUUGUAGACUCCAAAAUUCACAAGUUGAAGACUGUGCCGGAGCAAAAUGUUGACAUUAAAGAAAAGUCUUUGGAAGAGUCUUCAGAACUAUCUGCAGCAGAGACUGCUUCACAAGUAAAAUCUGUCCCAACAGUCCAAUUAGGCUCAUUAAACAAAAAAGAUUUGGAGACCGUGGUAUCUUCUUUGGAUGACACAAGAAAUAUAUUGUCAGAAGAGUUUGAACAAGAAAAAUCUAAUUUAUCAAAUUCCCUGGUUCAAGCCAACCUAACUGUCAUUCAAUCACAUAAACCCUCUACAGAUAAUCUUAUAACAGAAGAAACAGUUGUUCAACCACUAUCAGCGGACAGGUUAGACACAGAAAGAUCUCAUACUCAGAAUCUGACUGUCUUAGAGUCAUUGUCUAGACAACCUACCUCUUCACUGUUGUAUCUUACAGAUAAAAAUGAAAGUUCAAACCUACAAUCUGACAAUAUUAAAUCAGUUAUUGUCUCAAAAAAAGACCUACCAAAGGAAGGUCUGGUUGAUUUGCCCUUAAGUCAACCAUUUGCAGAACGUAUUAGAGGAACAACAGUGGGAAUAGGCCAAAAAACAUCAGAUCUUCACAAAAUCUCACCUUCUGCUUUGGAAGAUGAAAUAAAAAAACAAGAGGUAGCUGAUAUUCCAACAGCUGGCAAUCUACCAACAGAAGAUUUUAAUGUGUCAAAUAACUCUUUGACUCAACUAGCUACUAAUAAUUUGAAAGGAGAGCAACCUGUUUCAGGCAAUGUGAAUAAACUUCUUCCCCCUCAAGAGCAGAAAUCGAAACACCAUGAAAGUGACACUGACAGCAGAGAAUCUCUUGAGAAACAACCAGACAUAUUCAGCAUUGUUCCAGAAGGUUCAGAGAUGGUAAAUAUUCUAGAACCACACUUGGUAUCGUCAGUUGAUCAGGAAGCAAGUAACAAAAAGCAGGAUAAGCUAGAAUAUUUUAAUGAAAAACCAAAGCUUUCGACAAAGCCCAGUAACCAAUCUGAUCUUUCAUCCAUCAAGUCUAAUGUAUUACGUGACACCAAUUUGAAAAGAAAUCGUGAAAUAAGAGCACAACCAGGAGAAAAUGCUAAUGGUUUGGAAAACAUGAACAAAGACACUUCAGAGAACACAAAGCAACUUAAUCCAGAAAAAAGUACAAACGAGGUUGAUUACUUUGAGAAAUUUACUUUAGUUGAUGACAAAAUUCCUAUUGAAUGUGAAAUGGGAAAAUCAUCCUUGGAAGCUAAAAUGGUUAAUAUUAAGCAAGAGACGUGUUACCCUACGACAGAAAAAGAAAAAUCUGACGAAUAUGACUAUUACUUAAUAGAGAAUUUUGAUGAAUCCUUCUAUGGUGUGACAAAAAGUGAAGAUGAAUUUGUUAAUCCCAUUGGAAACUCAUUACAGGAAAGUCCAAGGGAUGGGAAAGAUAAUUCAAAAGAAGAUGCUGUGAAACCAGAUGUAACAACAUUGUUUAAUGCUGAAGAAGGAGUGUUAUCAAAAUCUUUCUUCUUUCCUACUUCCUAUCCAAUAAACCCAGAGCUCCUACAAGAACCACCCGCUUUAGCAUUUCUCUAUGAAGAUCUUUAUGAAAAAGCUACAAAAGAUGAGAACAACCCCUCUGAUGAAGAAAACAAUGGUUCUGAAGGCUCGUUUCACAGCAGAAUAUCUGAUGAUGAUGGAACAGGAAUAUAUUUUGAAAAGUAUAACCUUAAAGAUGAAAUACCAUUUGACAAAUUCAAGCAUCACCAAAGAGAACACACCGAAGAGUUUUAUGACCUUCCACAUUCAGAAGAAGUAGAAUACGAAAACGCAGCACAGGGUAAAAAACAUGUUGAAAUGUUUCCACCCGUUGGCAUCCAGGUAUAUGAACAGUUUUCGGAGGAAGAAGAAAGAGACAAAAAACCUCAAGAAAUGAUUGACAUUGUUGAGGCCAUACUCAAAGAAGCAAAAGGGCAAAAUGUAGGAUUACUGAACAAGGAUGGAUUGAAAGCAGGUGUUUCACAAGAAGGAGAAAACCAGAACCUAGAAAGUGACAUAGCUAAAUCCUUGGACUUUGUGGUCAUAAGUCAGGAUGAUCUAGAUGAGCUAGAUGAGGAGCUUAAGUUUGAAGAUUUGGGCCAUGACAGUGAUGGUGAGUUUGAAAUGGUUACGGAUGUUGGUCAAGGUGGCCCAAUGGACCACGAAGAGUCUGGUUUUGAGAUUAUACAGCAUGAAAAAUCAGCAGAGUUAUCGGAACCGUCUCUAACAGACAGAAAAGCAGCUCAGAUUGACACUUACUGCUAUACCUGUAAAAUACCCAUAUUGGCCAUUGAUAAGAUUUUUGGUGACCAUAAGGACCAUGAUGUCACGACGAUAGACAACGCGGUUACUGAGAUGACAGUAAGUCCUUCACUGAGUAUAUGUGAAGUUUAAUAUGUUAAUUGUACCAGGACAAUGUAUUACAAUGUAUUUUCUCUCUCUCACUGUGUAAUCUUACGUCUCUCCCCGCUUUCUGUCUGUCUCCUCAUAUAUAGCAAACCUCGUCACCCAUUCUUUCUAUAAUCCAUACAGCUACCAUUACGUAGCACAUCCUCACACUCUUCCUUAUUUCUCUUCUCUCUUGUCAUUUUAUUUUUCUGCUGUGUAUUUUUUUUCUCCUGACUUUCUAUUCCAUUCUGUUUUCAUUGAGCCUCUCAUUGCCUAACAUUACGUACUAUUCGAUUUGUCUGUAUGUGUCUGCCUGUCUGUCUAUCUGUCUAUUAACGUCAGGAUUGAUAGGUCGAUAUCACAGUAUAAACAACAGAAACCCUGUUCAGGUGUUUUUGAUAACUUCAUAGAUUUAUGGCUAUGGAAAGUCAAUGUAUUGAUGAGGCAAAUAGGUGACAAGUGAUUAUUAACCCAUUAAGUUCCAAAUAGACAUUGCAGUGUGUGUUUCUUUAAUAUAGAAACAGGUAUUGUGCAAAUGUGUAUUGGUGAUGUUAUUGAUUUUGCUGUGAUAUAUUGUAGUUAUUGGGAAUUCUAAUGGUGUGAUUGAUUAAUGAGGGAUUAUUAGUUAACACUGUGUUGUUCCAUUUGUUCGCACUUAACAUUAUUUUGGGUUAUUGACUAAUUGUUAUAAAAAGUCUUUUAAUUGGUGGUUAAACAGGUUUUCAAUGUUUCUGUUCAUGUUUUGAUGAUUUGUAUUUUGCCGGAUUGUGCUUAACGUAAGAUAUAGGAAAUGUUUUUUAUUGAUUCAAUAACUAUUAAAGUGGAACAGUCUCUGGACUGAUAUUCUAAAGGGGAGAAGAACAAGUGAGAUACACGGUGCAGUUAAAAAGCAUGGCAGAGUAGAACUGGCGAAGUUGGUUGGCUUGUAGUGUAGACCAGGGUUUUAUUUUUUUGUUUUUUACUGGAACCCAAAUUCUAUUCACAACAUUGGCUUGGAGACCCAUUCCUCAGCUGUAAUAUAAAAAAACUAAGCAAAGCCUUUUCUUUAGACUCUUCCCAGUGUCUGUGGGCUCAAUUGGCAACUAACAGUGCAGCCACAGUAGUCAAUUUAUCGUGGGCUGGUACUUGGGGUGUGAUUAAUAUUAUAUAUGCUGGUUCCAGCCACUAUAGUAAUAUGGGAACCCGAUUUUGUAUCCAAAAUUUGAAGGUAACGGGUUACUCCAAGCACCAUGACCACUUUAGUCAUUUGAAGUGGUCAUGGUGUCUGGAAACACUGCACACAGAGUUUAACCCCUUGGCUGCUGGAGGUGUAACUCUCCUUGGGCAUCAUUAGCCGGCCCGGAACAGAGUUCUGGGAUUGCUAAUGCAAAUUUCCAUGCACAGAAUGUCAGCUGACCCUCUCAGCCAAUGAAAGCGCGUCAGGAUCAGCAUCCAGCUUCUGUAGCUCUGCAGUAACUGGAUGGAUGUCACAGCCAGCAAGAGAGGACCCUCCACACCUGGCAGACCAGGUAAGAGGGCAAACUGUUACCAAACGGUGUGCUCCAUUACCAGGGGACAGCUCCAUGGUUCUCCAGGAACCAUAAACCACAACAGCGGGCUGUGACCCUUUAAGAAACACCGAUGUAGACUUAUCGAGGAUUGUAAACUAAAUGCUAAAUUGCAAUGAAAUUACAAAAAUUAUACUCUAGAUUUAGAGAAACUCUUCCAAAACAGCUAUUUUGACCUAAAUUUUGCAAUUGACUUUUCAGUUCUUUGCAAUUCCAUAUUUAGUGGAAUUAUGAUACUAUAAUUUAUACUAUAAGUAUUAUUUAGUGGGAUUAUGAUACUAUAAUAUCGGGGUGAGUCGAAUGAUUUUUAACUUUCUUUUUUUAGACCAAUUUGGAGGAUUUAUAUGAUAAACUUCAAGAAAACUCAUUGAAAACAGAGGAUUUUGUCAGCAGAGUGGAAGCCCUAUUCAAUGACGUUGAAGUAAGUGAGUUUCUUCAUACUAAACUGUUUAUCUAUUGUGUUGUUAUGGAGAAUGUUCUUAAAGCAGCAAUUAUAGAUGUGCAGCUAAAGUUCAGAUCAGAAGAAAUACGUAAGAAAGGCUGAACUGAGCGAUAGUUAUAUGAGAAAGCCAUAGAUCGGUGCCUUUAGACACUGCUUCAAACAAGUAACUCCAUUAUCUUUUAUUUAUUUAUUAUUUCCUGCUAUGUUAAUAACCUGCAGGAAACCCCUGUUUGUGAUUAAAGCUCAAUUAACCAAGCCGGAGAUAAGAACUUCUAAAGUCAACACAAUGUGCUGUAAAGUCUGAUUGAAAUUGAAACCAUUUUAUCAUGUAGGCUUAGUUAUAGCCAGGGGAGGUGUGGCUAGGGCUACAUAAACAGAAACAAAGGUGAUUUAACUCCUAAAUGGCAGAGAAUUGGGCAGUGAGACUGCAGGGGCAUGAUCUAUACACAAAAACUGCUUCAUUAAGCUAAAGUUGUUUUGGUGGUUAGAGUAUCCCUCUAAUGAACUGAUUCCUUCGUGGAGCGUGUGAAUUAUACAUACUUCAGGGCAACUCUUUUUAUUUGCUGACCAUCGGUCCUGGUUGGUUGUCAGUCCUCUGGAUUUAGAUUUUCUGUAACUCAUGGUUAAAUUAUUUAAUAUGUUGCAGAAAAAUUACACAGAAACAGAGAAGAUUUUACGAGAGCAGAAUGAAGAGAUGAUCCAGAAAGUCUUUGCUCAGCACACAGAGCAGAGAGAAAGCUUUGAGGGAAUGAAGAAGAUGAAACUGGAAUAUCUGCAGGAUCAGAUUGUUAACUUCCAGAAAAACAUUGACCUGUCUAAAGAAAUCAUGGAGAGAACCAUAAAGGAGCUGGAAGAGACAGAUCCUGUUGUGUUUCUUAGCGUAAGUCAACGUGUUCUAUAUCUCACCCUGAAUGAUAUGUUCGGCUACAUAAAAUGCCACAAUAAUGAGAAAUGUUUUAUCCCCGAAUCAUAGAAGCCAUCAUGAAAAUGGUGACGUGAAUCAGUUAGUAGAGAGACGAUUGACUUUAUCUAUAGCGCCAUCCAUUCUUUACUUAAACGGGUGGAUCACAGGUAAAAGACAAUGUCCCCUCCCACGGGUCGUGGGCCGGUACCGGAACCCUUGACCCUUUGUCCCCUGUUCCCAACAUUUUAUGUCCCCUCCCAGGGUCCUCCACCUCCCAGGGACCUGUGCGAGUUACCGGAACUCUAUUCCCUUUGUCCCCAGUUCCCGCCUCCCAAAUACAGGGAGGCAAGGGGGUCUUCUUCCUAGGAUUCUCUGUACCUGGGAAUCCCAGCGCAGGAAGACUUCUGCCUCCUGGGCUCUCAGGCACAGAAAGCCCGCCAAACCACCAUUGUCCCCUUAGAGUGUCCCCAGCAAUCUCAGGCACCCCCACAAUGAUAACCGACACGAACCGGCUCCAUUCACGGGGCACCUAGGUGAAACCAGGCAAGGGAAGCGUCUCUUUUCAGGACAGGAAUAAUCCCCCUGGCUGACGUUCAUCUGAACGAAUGGCGGCCACCCAGAGAAGCACUCAUUAAUUACUUCCCUUGUGGUUCACACUUAUUUUGCAAGAUGUUAACAUUUUAAUUGAUUGGUGCGUACACUCCAAGGGGCACUGGGGAGGUCCUCAUUCGAGAGCUAAACGAGGUGGGAAGCAAUCCACAAAUACACCCCCUGGAUGGCAUUCAUCUAAUGAACGGGCCGCCACACAGGGUCGGCACGCGUCAAGGCUUUCCUUGCAUUUUGUGAUUUUUCACACCUCGUUAGCGAGAUGUGAACGUUCUAACUAAACAUUCUAAUUGGGAUCUUGGGGUGGUCCCCGUACAGGGAGCAGGUAAAACACACAAAUAAUCAUGAAUACAUGGGGAACAUAAGCAAAUACACAAUCACACUUCCUGGUUUAGCGGUGAUCCCGCUACACACGCCAAACACUCCAGACACAAGGACACUCAGGAAAUACAUUUUCCAGGCCAAAUAAGAAAUGUAGCAAAAAGUCUGUCAGGUUGACCCCGCUCACGACAGCCAAACACAGAGUGAUCCGUCAGGGCUUUGUGCAUGGGGUGAUUGCCCUGAGUGUUAUCAGCUUAUUGCAAUCGCAUCUGGCCGGGGACAUAGAAAUGGCAUAAAUAAGAGAGAGAGAAAAAGACAGGUAUGAUGUAGUAUUUAAUACAAAUAACAAAUCUUAGAAACAAAAGACAGGCAAUUACAAAAAUACAGCAAAAUCCAAAUUGUGCUUAAAUAGCUUUGCCCUUAAGGGUCACUUAUAAAAGCCACUAUUUGUUGUUUUUAAUAUUUGUUAUUUGGAUUAAAUACUACACUAUGCAUAUCUUUUUUCUCUCUCUUUUAUUCCUUUUUAUGUUCCAAUACUAAAAUUGUAAGUGAUUGUAAUACAUGAUACGGUAAAUAUACACCAUCUUAAUUGCACUCGCACUUUUUAGGUGUUGAUAAAAAAGGUUUUUGUAUUUGCACAAUUUCUUGCUCCAGAGACACCUUUUAGAUAUUGGUUGGGAGCCUAUGUGCACAUUAUUGUACAUUCCAAUAUUUGUCCAAAUAUUUUUGCCCUCCUCCUACUUACCUUUUGGAAGGGGGAAAUGGUGCCAAUUUCAUGCUUGUAUGAUAUGACUGUCUGCGAUGGCUGGUCACUGGUGGCCUGGUGGACGUUGUGCGAAUGCUGUAUCUGGUGAGGGAUCAUCAUUUAUAUACUAUAUAAAGUCAAAACUCAAUGACAUAAACUACAAGGAGUCUGUAUAUCCCCCAAUAUCUGUUUAAAACGCCAGCCUCAUUAAUGUACAAUAUAAACUCACAACUUGUGCACGAUACAAGGUGCCCAUUUCUUCCCGUAACCAUUCACAUGCAAUAAGCGGGGGCCAUAAGUGGCUGGUGAAGUUUAAAGAUGGUGACCGCUGCCCGUGGCCCCCCAGACUGCUUGGGCUGUAACAUUCUGACACGAUUUUUAACACACUUAUCAGUAGCCCUUACUAUGCCAAUAGAUAGAAUUUUUAUAAUAAUUUGUUUUAUUAUUUUGCAACAAAACUGGGCAGGUGUCUCAUCUUUCUCUACGGAUCAGUCUCCACUGGUGGCCAUAUGUCGCCCCAGGCUCAUUUUUACUUUUGAAUUCCCAUCAAUUCACACUUUAGUGAUUAAUCCGUUAAGGCUUUGCAUUGUAUUCAGAAUCUUAUAACCACAGUCACUACACAGGACCAAUUUAGAUUUUCCCAAUUUUAUGAUGUUUUGAUCUGUGAUUUGCCAAUUUAGUUCUUGUUAUCACUAUUUACCAUUAUUGUUACAUUUAUCACAAUAUGUUCGGUGGGAUUUAUACAAUAAACACUGAAUCGUAGUGACUUGAAAAUCAAAUUUAAAAUUUAGGCUAAAAUAAAUAAUUUUUGUAAAUCUCUCCUAAAAAUCAAAACUCCAUUUGUUUGUAAGUAAUAUUUUCCAUGUCUGUUUAAAUCAUUUUGCUGUGAUGUGUCUGAUCUUGCCAGCUGCUAGCCAAGUAAUACUGUCAGAGCACAAUCUAUUUAGCGCUGUCCGACUCACAGACGUAUUUUUCUUUUUUUAGUUACACGAUGAGAUGAAUAAGAGGUACUGCCAAACUUGCUGGCGUGGUGUGGACAGAGUUCAAUUAAUGCAUGCAUUCCAUGGAGGCUAUUUACUGGACACUGCGCAAUAUCAGUCCCCAAGUCUGUCACACGGUCUCGUCAUGGUGUAAAUAAUGAGACGGUCUCUGAUAGGCCGGAUGCAGACAGUCAGAAUUAUAGAAAUCAACCUAAAACCUGUCUCGUACGUAUCUCCUUGCAGAUCCAACAAAUUGAAUUUCAAAAUAGCUGAAUUGGAAAAAUUCUCGGAGUCAGCUAUUCCUCCAAUUUGGCUACUGUGGAUUUAAAUUUAAAGUUCACUUUAGUAAAUAUUCCAAAUUCUUAGAGACAGCCCAGAUUCUGGCUUCCUCACGGGCUGGUUUAUGGCACUGCACUCUUUUUGUGAAUCACUGCAGUUCUAAGCUGCUCUCAGAGUGCUCACAGGGUACUCUCUGUGCCAUAAACUCUCCACAAAUGCUAAGUUGUGUCCCUUUAAUCAUAUUAUCAAGGAUGUUGGGUGAGGCAAAUAAAUAAAUAGACCUAUCAAACAGCUAGCAUGCAGGCUGUUAGAACAAGGUUCUUUUUUUUAAAUAUCUUGUAAUCUACACAUUUCCAAGGUGUCCAGUUAGCACAAUGUGCAGAUAAAACACUUGACAGAAUAGAUAAAGAAUCCGUUCCAGUGAAUAGCCUCCGUUGCAUUUUACUCAGCAUUAACAUAGCAUUAACUGUGUGUAUGUGCUCAGCACUAAUCAAAUGGCGACAAGAUAAUCUGCCAUUUUGUUAUGUUUGUCUUAUAUCUUAACCCAUUAAGGACAUAACUUCUGGAAUAAAAGGGAAUCAUGACAGAAUAUGUCCAUCAUGUGUCCUUAAGGGGUUAAACCUUCUGACCUGAAACCACGGGCCCCGGUGCAAAAAUUGCACUGUACGUGCCCUCCACCUUCCCCACCCCCCCGUACUUUACUGCGUCUGACCACUAUUUUGAAGAGAGAUACAUUAUAUGACAGUGUUUGUAUUAGGCGCUCUAGCUAUACAGCGCUUCUUGCAUUCACAGUGAUUGAUACGUAUUAUCUUUCAGUAAUUACUCCUCUCCCUUCCUGGAGAUAUCUCUCACUCUAUCAGUCAGCAUGCUGUAUGCUCUGUAUGGCACAUGGCCCCAUGUGACUGCACUGCGCAUGCAACACAAGCUCCUAUUCAUUUCAAUGAGGAAAACACAGCGUAGUCACUUCUCUCGCCUGGUUUAGCUAACACACAAACAUUCUAAACUCUUUUUGUUCAUGGAUUAAGAUAUGUUGGAGAAAGCCCCCUCCCGCCUCCAGUGGUGUGUCCCUAUAAGGUGGUCCUGUGGGCUGGCAGUGUGAGUUAUGGGGUCUUGGUGUUUCAUGCAGGCUAAUGGAAGCUCUGGAGAAUAUGUUGUCACUUGACAAGAUGCCCAACGCCAAAUCACUCUUUGAAAAGUGCUCGGGGGAAUCUACUAAAGAAGACGUGAAUACACAGAAAUGUCCCCCAGGUAAGAGAUAGGUUUAACUUAGUAUUACAUUUAUAAUAACUAUAUAACUAUUUAUAUAACUUAUUGUAACGGAUUGCCUGGCACCCCGACUGGGUACCUCCGUUGAAGGAUGCUCCUAGCGCUUACAGAGGGCUCCAAGCGCUCCACCAGACACCACAACCACCAUACACCUCACGAACCACCACAGCUUGGUUGGGGUCUCGCCGUCUCCUACUCACCCUAGACCUACGACAAGAGAGUGAAGCAAGAACAAGCUCUUAAAAGAGCUUAGUCAUGAUUAGCUAAGGGAGUAUGCAGAGCAAAGCAGUACCUUGUAGUGAUAUAGCAAUUCCCCAAUAAGAGACAGGACUAAAACCUUAUUUUCCUUGGAACUAGCCCAUAUGGUCAUUACAUUAACAUUGCUGUGAAAACUUAACAAAAUUACAAACAGUCAAAUUAUAGCAGGCAACAUACAGUGACUUAUUAUAACACAAUGGCAUAUUUUUAAAGAGGUGGGGGAGACAAUAAUUAACAGAAAAUAUCUCAUGUGCCUGCAGAAUUAGCAAUAUGCAAAUCGACCCAAAUAUGCAAAUGAACUAGUCUUGCUAUUCAGGUUGUGCAUAUUGCUGUUGCUACCAACAGAGGGCACUAGACAAGCUCCAUAGCCAAAUCCACCUAGUUGGUAGCAAACCUCAGCAGUACAGGAGAGCAGGCAAUACAUCCCAGGGGCCAUAGUCACAUGGCAGGAGGCUGGCAAUCAGUCUUCUCCAAUGCCCAGUGGCGAGGCUGGUUCCGCCACACUUAUCAUUUCAGUUCAUUGUAUCAUUACAGCUCACUGUAACCUUACAGCUCAUUGUAUAAUUACAGCUUAUUCUAUCAUUACUGUUUAUUCUAUCAUUACAGCUCAUUGUAUCAUUACAGCUUAUUGUAUUAUUACAGCUUAUUCUAUCAUUACAGCUCAUUGUAUCAUUACAGCUUAUUGCAUCAUUACAGCUUAUUCUAUCAUUACAGCUCAUUGUAUCAUUACACCUUAUUCUAUCAUUACGGAUCAUUGUAUCAUUACAGCUUAUUGUAUCAUUACACCUUAUUCUAUCAUUAUGGCUCAUUGUAUCAUUACAGCUUAUUGCAUCAUUACAGCUUAUUCUAUCAUUACAGCUCAUUGUAUCAUUACAGCUUAUUCUAUCAUUACAGCUCAUUGUAUCAUUACAGCUUAUUCCAUCAUUACAGCUUAUUGUAUCAUUACAGCUUAUUGUAGUAGUGCAGCUAAUAAAUAAUAAAUAAAAGCACUAACAUGCUUCUGAUUCCCACUACCAUCUGAGAUCUGGGGCUAAAGUGUCCAAAAUCCAGGACAUCAACACCAUUGCCCCCCAACAACAACACCUAUGGUUACUAGGUGAAUACACAAUUCAGCCCAUUUACAGUCUUUAGAAAAUAUUAUUUAAGCAGGAGAAUAAUAAAGAUAUUUUGCUUAGUGGUGUUUGUCAUUGAGCGGCAGUAAAUGAAACCUACAAUAGUUGACAAUGACGAUUUGAUAUUGCUGAUUCUUGCACAUUGUCAAUGUCAUCGUAGGUAGCACUCUCCCCCGCGUCUCAUUACACUAACCAUCCCACGGCUGGUACAGGGUUGUAGUAUUUCAAGUAAUGCCCUUUAUUUUUAUAAAAAUACUUUCCGAGUAUUAAGUUCUGCAAUACAUUAAGGCAAUCAAUCAAUGUGUUCCCUGCAGUGACUCAUAGUGCAAUAUAAACCUUUAUAUCCUCUUAUUACUGUGAGAUUCCCAGGAGCGCCCUAGUGAGCAGAUAAAGGGUUUGAUAAGCCCGGCUAGGAUUUAGGCUAAUACUCAAUGUGCCCAAAUGGCCCUGUUUGGAGAUGUAUCUGCAUGCUGAUUUAUAGUGGAUCACAUAGACUUCAGGGAUAUAGCAAAUAAAAUACCUGUUAUUGCCUAUAUUACAUUUUCAUUCGUGUUCUGUUUUUCAAUUUAUUUAUAUUGAAUAAAUAAAUUAUUUCUGAAAUGAAUUAUUAAAUUGUUAAUGCUAAUUAAGUUAUAUUUACUGGAUUAAGAAUUUGCCUGUGUACUAGCUGCUUGCGAGCUCUGGAUUGACAUAACCUUGUAGAACAGGGGCGAUCAUUUACAAAAGUGCGUUAAAAAGUAAAUUGUUCUUUUGGCUUUUUUUGUUUCUAUAUGUUUAAUUGAAUGCGCAAGAAAAAUCAACAUAUUGAAAAACAAAUUAAUUGUUCAAAAUGGAAAAUACUUUGCUUGUUUCAGUUGAGUUUUGAGUUAACUUUGACAAAGCAACAUACAUCUUAGUACAUAGUAGGGGGAAUAUGAUAUAAAGUAACACUGAGGUCGUGUUGGUUCGUAGCUGGCUCCUUCCACCAUGGUCAACAGAGGUACUUCCAUGGAUAUACAGGCGCCUAUAGAGGCUCUGAUGCUAGAGGAGCUGAGAGAGAUUAGAGGGGAGCUUUAGGGAUGGAUGGAGAAGGACCUCACAGAGCUUUGUGAGGAAAAGGGAGCCCUGGGCAGCUCCAUAUGACAUAUCAGGAGACAGCUGGCAUUAAGAAACCAUAGACAGUCCGCUUCCUCUUACUUUUUAUUAUUACUUAUUUGAGCGAUGAAUGGAUACAUCAUCAAUCUGUGGGUCAAAACCGAACCCGUGGUAGAUCCAGAUCACACUAACAAUCAAACAGUUUAGAAAGAAAUGGUUACUUCUCUGCAAUUUACACCACUGGGUAAAACAUUGAAAAUCACCUAGAACUUGUGUUAACAUUUUUUUCAUUAAAUUAUAUAUUUUCUUUUAAAUUUAAAUUCAUGAUUAAGUAAAUAACAUCACUAUUAAGUACAAACAAGGCAUAACCAGGGCACACAAUGCAAAUGAAGAGGUGAAAUAGAAACAUUGUUUAAUUUCUAUCCUCUGUAUCCUUUCUCUAUGCUGACUGCCAGGUGUAAAGAACAGUUUAUAAUAAUGACUGACAGGGAGCUAAGAUGGCGGUGCCCAGUUACAGGACAGAACGUUUAACAAUGACUGACAGGGAACUAAGAUGGCGGCGCCCAGUUACAGGACAGAACGUUUAACAAUGACUGACAGGGAGCUAAGAUGGCGGCGUCCAGUCACAGGACAGAACGUUUAACAAUGACUGACAGGGAGCUAAGAUGGCGGUGCCUAGUUACAGGACAGAACAUUUAACAAUGACUGACAGGGAGCUAAGAUGGCGGCGCCCAGUUACAGGACAGAAUUUCCACAUAUAAUUUUAUUUUUCCCAUCUACUAUUUUUUUUUUGCAUUUCUCUGAUAUUUUAUUGGCGAACGGAACCCAGACUGUCAGGUGGCUGCUUGUAGUAACACAAAUGGCAGAUGAAAAUCUUGUAACAAUGUUUUGUUUUUACGGCAGUUCCUCACACACCAAAAUUAAAGGCACAGGAGCUCAGUUCUGCUACCAGCACCACCAUUACUGUUUAUUGGUCUAUGAGCCAGGAGGAUGUUAUUGACUGCUUCCAGGUGUACUGCAUGGAGGAACCUCAAGGAAACAGAGAGAACUAUGGUAAGCGGCCCAGUGGGCAUGGAGGGCACAACGUUACCCGACACUGCUAAUUGUUAUUAGCAUUUUAUACAUUGAUCAUUUUUACAUUUAAAAUGCUGAAGAGAUUAAAAAAUAAUCAAACUCUUAUGGAUAUUCUUUCAGAAAUAUUAUUUAAUGAGCAAACACAUUUUCUGCGCACACUUGGAUUGACCUACGUUCAUGAAAAUUCACAGUAAAUUUCACAUCUUAGUCCAAAAUUGCAGAAUUGGAAAUAUUUUCUGUUUUGGCUUAAACGUUGAAUUCCUGCCAUUCCUGGUUUAGUAUCAGAGGCGCCAGAUUGUGUGAACUUUGUUGGACAAUAUAUGAUUAUGUUCUGUGUGAUGAUAUAGACUGGCGCCUCCUUAUAGCCCCAGUAUAUCUGUGUGUGAUGCAUGCCAUGCUGUGUCCAUUACAGUGAGAUCCCUGUCUGACUGUUCCAGGCUUGCUGGAGGAGUACCGAGUGAUGGUGAAGGAAAGUUUCUGUAUUCUGGAGGACCUGGAGCCAGAUAAAUGUUACAGCGUUUGGGUGAUGGCUGUAAAUAACACGGGGUGCAGCUUCCCCAGUGAUCGGGCUUCCUUCAGGACUGGUAUGUAUGGCAAAAAGGACUCCACACUUGGAACAUUCAUACAUUGUGCUACAAUUUUAUAUAUUUAUUAUUUAUAUUACAGAACGCUAAGUUACAGGGAUUUCAAAGAAAAACCUAAAAACGCUUUGUUUCUAAAAGUAGCAUCUGAUUUCGGCUUUGGACACGUAUUCCAUCAAUAAAGCACAUUUAAGAACGCCUCGCUCAUGCCUGGGUCCAGUAUUUAGAAAGCUGCAUUUCCUGCAUCUGGCAAUCAUUCGUCAUAGUCCUGUGGAUAACUGCAGUUUGCCUGUUUUCACGAUCUGUUGCCCAAAAUUGCCCUGUACAGCAGUGUUAGUUUUGGCAGCAAAUUUCAAUUUAGUUGUAGUCAUAGUCUCUUUGUGUCCUCCCAGCCAAUCUCGGUGUCUCUCUCCCAACCCCGGGUCUGUCUCUUUUGCCCCUUCCACAGCCCCUCUGUGCAGUGUGCAGAGCAAAUUUCUAUUUAGUUUUAGUCAUAGUCUUCUGACUAAAAGCCCAUUUUAGUUUUAGUCAUAUUUUAGUCAUCUGAAUUGUGUUAGUUUUAGUCUAUUUUUAGUCGACUAAAUCUUGGACAUUUUAGUCGACUAAAAUUUGACCAGAAUUGUUAGGUGACAAACUUCACACUGCUGUUCAGUAUGCUGUACUAUGCAUGAACAAUAUACAAAAUACAAUAUCGCAGUUAUAGUCCUUUUUUAGAGAUACCGUGAAGGUUAUUUAUCAGUUAUUUUUCUUUCUAUCAUAUUUGGUUCCUCAAUAAGGAAGGGAAUGUCCUGACAAGUUUGCGAGUAGUUUACAUGUGUGAAUUCUGAUACGCGGCUUGGAAUGCUCUCCGUGUGAAACAUUCAUCCAAGAACAACUUUCUAAUGUGACUCUGCUUUUGCCCUUGACAUGUCCUUGCUUCCCCUGUCUUACACAUGCUCACUUUGUGCCGAAUGCUGUCUAGAGCACAUUUUUAUGGUUUUUAUUCGCCAGUAAUGGCCUGUCUGAGUUUCUCUGUAACACAUUUUCUAGAGAAAGGACAGUUUGGCUCCAUUUAACUGCUGGCAUUGAACGCAAAGAUUCGGAUUUCGACUUAAGCCCUUAAAAAUUUUGGCUGGACGUUUGAGGCAUCUUUUCCUGGAUUAGCAAGGGACUGGCACGGAUUUCAAAAAAGUCUUCAAGACCAUGUCCACUUUAUUAUUACAGAACUAUUCUUGGUAUUAAAAAAAUGGUAUCACAGGCUUCCAUAACACAAUUAGAACAAUGUGCAUUGUUACCAAAUUUCCAUUUGUCAUUUUUUAUUACAGUACAAAAACAGAGAUUGUUCCCUCUGAUUAUGUUAAAAGUAUGUUUUUUAAUAGUAUGUUUAAAUGUAUUUUAUCUAAUUGCUGCCUUUCUUGCUGGGAGGGGUGCUUAGAAAGAUGAAGAGAUCGAACUGUAUUUUCUUAGAUCGUGGAUGACAAAACGUAGAUCCCCAGAACUUUUGAAACACCCAGCCAGCCUUAACCUACAUAAUACAUAUUGCUUUUGGAAUCUUUCUUAUUAAAGAAUCAAAUAAUCUUUUCUCCGUGAACUCCUUUAAACUCCCUCUCUUAGUAUAAAAAUGCUACAAAUUUAGACUAAAGCCAGUGGAUCCUCAAAAAAUUUUUAGCUGGUACAUCUAACUACACUGAACAAAAUUGUAAACACAACACUUUUGUUUUUGCCCCCAUUUUUUAUGAGCUGAACUCAAAGAUCUAAGAUUUUUUCUAUAUACACAAAAGGCCUAUUUCUCUCAAAUACUGUUCACAAAUCUGUCUAAAUCUGUGUUAGUGAGCACUUCUCCUUUGCCGAGAUAAUCCAUGCACCUCACAGGUGUGGCAUAUCAAGAUGCUGAUUAGACAGCAUGAUUAUUGCAAAGGUGUGCCUUAGGCUGGCCACAAUAAAAGGCCACUCUAAAAUGGGCAGUUUUAUCACACAGCACAAUGCCACAGAUGGCACAAGUUUUGAGGGAGCGUGCAAUUGGCAUGCUGACUGUGGGAAUGUCAUCCGAGCUGUUGCCCGUGAAUUGAAUGUUCGUUUCUCUACCGUAAGUCAUCCCUAAAGGCGUUCAGAGAAUUUGGCAGUACAUCCAACCGGCCUCACAACCGUAGACCACGAGUAUCCACACCAUCCCAGGACCUCCUCAUUCAGCAUCUUCACCUCCAAGAUUGUCUGAGAUCAGCCACCUGGACAGCUGCUGCAACAAUCGGUUUGCAUAACCAAAGAAUUUCUGCACGAACUGUCAGAAACCAUCUCAGGUAGGCUCAUCUGCAUGCUCGUCGACCUCAUCAGGGUCUCGACCUGACUGCAGUUUGUCGUGGUAACCGACUUGAGUGGGCAAAUGCUCACAUUUGAUGGCAUCUGGCACUUUGGAGAGGUGUUCUCUUCACGGAUGAAUCUUGGUUUUCACUGUACAGGGCAGAUGGCAGACAGCGUGUAUGGCGUCUUGUGGGUGAGCAGUUUGCUGAUGUCAAUGUUGUGGAUCGAGUGGCCCAUGGCGGUGGGGUUAUGUUAUGGGCAGGUGUAUGUUAUGGACAACAAACACAGGUGCAUUUUAUUGAUGGCAUUUAGAAUGCAUAGAUAUACUGUGAGGAGAUCCUGAGGCCCAUUGUUGUGCCAUUCAUUCACGACCAUCACCUCAUGUUGCAGCAUGAUAAUGCAUGGCCCCAUGUUGCAAGGAUCUGUACACAAUUCCUGGAAUUCGAGACUUCGGCACUUCAGGAAUUCAGGACUUCGCCAAUUCCCUAACCCUACCCCUAACUCUUACCCUACCCCUAACCCUACCCCUUACCCUUUCCCUACCUCUACCCUUACCUCUACCCCUAAGCCUACCCUUUACCCUACCCCUAACCUUACCUCUCUCCUUAACCCUACCCCUAACCCUACUAGGGGUAGGAUUAGAGGAAGGGUGGGGUAAGGGUUUGGGUGAGGGGUAGGGUUUGGGUUUGUGGUAGGGUUAGUGUUAGAGGAAGGUUGGGGUAAGGGUUAGGGUUAGGGCUAGGGUUAGGAGUAAGGUUAGAUUCCUGUCAUCAUUCCCUUAAUUUUACCUCCCUCUCCUAUUUUGCCACUUUUCAGAAAUCCAAAGCACUUCGGCACUUCGGAAAUUCAGCAAUUUGGUUAGUUUCAGAACUUCCGAAAUUCGGGACUUUGGCAACUUGGUUUGGUUUGGCACUAGGGAAAUUCGGCAAAUUACCGAAAUUCAGCCAAAUUUAAAAUCGGACCGAAACUAAUUGCACAUGUCUACUGAAAACAUCCCAGUUCUUGCAUGGCCAACAUACUCACCGGACAUGUUACCUAUUAAGCAUAUUUGGGAUGCUAUGGAUCGGCGUAUACAACAGCAUGUUCCAGGUCCUGCCAAUAUCCAGCAAAUUGGACCAACAUUCCACAGGCCACAAUCAACAACCUGAUCAACUCUAUGUUAAGGAGAUGUGUUGCAAUGCAUGAGGCAAAUGGUGGUCACACCAGGUACUGACUAUUUUCGGACCUCCUCGGUUCCACACAAUACAGUAAAACUGGCCAUUUUAGAGGGGCCUUUUAUUGUGGCCAGCCUAAGGCACACCUGUGCAAUAAUCAUGCUGUCUAAUCAGCAUCUUGAUAUGCCACACCUGUGAGGUGGAUGGAUUAUCUCGGCAAAGGAGAAGUGCUCUCUAACACAGAUUUAGACAGAUUUGUGAACAAUAUUUGAGAGAAAUAGGCCUUUUGUGUACAUAGAAAAAGUCUUAGAUCUUUGCAUUCAGCUCAUGAAAAAUGGGGGGAAAAACAAAAGUGUUGCGUUUAUUAUUUUGUUCAGUGUAUAUAUCUCCCCAUCUAUCAGAAUAUGAUCAGUAUAAGUGCUCUUAAAUAAAUACAAAUAAAUUGCUCUGGGUGUACAAACUAUGAUAUCAAUAAAAAUAAACCCAAGUUAGCUGGAUUGAACUUUAUUGCAAUAAUCUUUGAUGUUUUCAUUAACAGCACCAUCUACACCUGUAAUUAAGGCAGAGGAGUGCACGGUGUGCUGGGAUACCGCUGUUAUACGUUGGACCACGACCCAUCCAGAGUACACAGACUCAUUCACGCUGGAAUGGUGCAAGCAGUACUCCUCGGAAGGAGAGGGUCUCAGGUACGCUUUGUGUGGAACGGACAGACAGGGGGUCCCAAAUUUACACGGCCAUUUUGAGUGAUCUUGGAUCAGAUAUUAACCUAAGAUCGCUCACACUGAUGCAUCUACUGCAUGGUCACACAAUGAUGAUUUCACCUGCCUCCAUACAAUGAUGAUGUCACUUGCCGUCACACAAUGAUGAUGUCACCUGCCAUCACACAAUGAUGAUUUAACCUGCCUCCACACAAUGAUGAUGUCACCUGCCGUCACACAAUGAUGAUUUCACCUGCCUCCAUACAAUGAUGAUGUCACCUGCCGUCGUCUUGCACAUCUUGCCGACAGCUUACAGUCUCUGUCUGUAGUUUUGUGCGUCACAAGCCUUGUAGCAGAGUGGUGUAUGAUAUAAUUAUAGCAAAUUUUAAAUGUUAAAUUUUAGACUGAAAUAUCCUAACUGAAAACAAAACUGUCUUGAAUUAUUUCUCCUGUUCUCCUAUGGCAUUCGGUUCGGUUCGGCACUUCAGAACUUUUGGUGGCAGUCCUGGCACUGGGAGGCGGGAGCCCUAUAGAUGUGUAAGUGGUUGUGGUGGCAGUCCUGGGCACUGGGAGGCGGGAGCUCUAUAGAUGUGUAAGUGGUUGUGGUGGCCGUCCUGGCACUGGGAGCCCUAUAGAUGUGUAAGUGGUUGGGCAGGGGGCUCCCAGUGCCAGGACUGCCACCACAACCACUUACACAUCUAUAGGGCUUCCGCCUCCCAGUGCCAGGACUGCCACCAAAUGUUCUGAAGUGCCGAACCGAACCGAACCGAAUGCCAUUGGCCCAAAUUGCUGAAGCAGACAAAAUUUUACUUACCUGAAUUUCCAAACCUAACCAAAUUUUUUGCCCAUGCACAUCCCUAAUUCCCAUUGGGGUUCAUGCCAAUCAGGAAAUAGAUAAAAUAAUUCCCAUUGGGUUUCAUGACGAUCAGCACAUACUUCACACAGACAUGUCACUUGCAACAAACUAACACAUUUAAUUUCAGAUCUGUAUCCGGAGUCAAAGGCCAACAACUGAAGGUGUCUCUGCAGCCGAAUGAAAAUUACUUCUUCUAUGUGAGAGCUACAAACAGCUUUGGGACAAGCGAGCAGAGCGAAGCAGCUCUUAUUUCAACAAAAGGUAGGGUAACGUGGAAAUUGUACCAUUCCGAGGUCUUACAAACGUCUACAGGAAACAAUCUCAGUCAGUUUUUUCUGGGGCAGGUGAGGCAAUCCAUGUUCCAUGAUCUCAGAACAUCCAGAAAUGAUCAUUUUACUAGAAUAACCCAAAGAAGAGGAUUUUUUACAUGGUGUACUUGUUUCAUGGCCUGGGAAUUUUAAAUCUUGCACCUGUAGAUCUAAUAAUUCACCAUUAAUAUAUUUAUUAUUUUAUUUAAUCUCCAGGUACCCGGUUUCAUUUGCUGAGAGAUAUGGCUCAUCCAGCUUUGGAUCUGUCACCUGAUGGAACAGUGAUUAGUAUUUCAGAACAGAGUGAGAUUUCUGGGUAAGUUUCGGGAAUGCUAGCCUUACAUGCCAAGCUUCUUGCUACACCAACAUUUUCAAAAUUUACAUGUACAAAAUGUAGAACUUCACCCCCCGUGGGAGUUCUAUUGCUUGCAGUGGCGAGUACCUUUUAGCUUCGCUAGUAGAAUAGUACUUCAAUUUGUAAGUCCUGGUAAUAUAUCGUACACCCAGUGAGGAAACAUAUGUGGGGACCGGGAAUGACCUCCAACCAGUAUAAAAAGCUGGAGACCAUUGGGUAUGAGAAUAUAGUCAAACAGAGACCUCACCCAUCACAUUAUGUACAUUAUUAUAACUAGUUAAAGCACUAACUGGUUUGCAUUGGAACCCGAGCAAAUGGCCAUGAAAUAUACUUUUACCUUCUAGGAUCCCAUUGGUCCUGGGGGAGCUGCUCCCGGCCACCGGUCGUCAUUACUGGGAGAUGAUGGUUACCGGCUGUAGCGCAUACAGUGUGGGUGCCACGUUUCAGCCCUCUGCAGAUGAAAGUCCAUUUGUAGAGGAAUGUACAUCAUGGUGUAUGCAGUGCUACAGCAGCUCAACAAGGUAUGUAUACACAACCUAUCUAGAUCUAAACAUAAUUAAGUAUUCAAGUAAUUUAUGGUGAGAUCAAACACUAGAAAAGUUAAUCAGCGCAGGUUUAUGCAGAUUCAGAAAUUACUGUUGUGCAUCAUCUGCAUAUAUCAAGAAGGACCAUGGGAAAAUACCCAUCGGGCCCGGUAAUUCCAAGAAACUAUAUAUUUAGAAAAUUCUCCCAGAAUUCCCAGCUUGACAUGCAAAUGAGCACACACAUGCAUUGUGUUUCACACCACACCCUUCAUUUAUCUACUUUUAGCAAAGGAACGUAGGUUGUGAUCGAAAAGAACAAUGACCAGAAACCAACCAUGAUUUAAAAAGUGUAAAGUAAAAGUUUAAAACAGGGGUAAUGUCUGUCUGUCUGUCUGUCUAUGAUCAUUAAGUCCUCUAUUUAUCUGUUGUGUUCAGGGCCGGCCUUAGGCAAUUAGGCGCCCUGUGCAAAAAGUCUUCACGGCGCCCUCCCCACCUCCCACCAAGUUGCCUGAAUACAGUAACACACACAGGCACCGGGGACGUGUGUAUCACGAGGCAAACAAGGCAUCUGCCUUGGGCGCCACUUUGCAGGGGGCGGCAAAAAAAAGCAUCCCUCCAAACCCCCAGGCAGAUCCCUUGCUUGCCUCGCAUCCUGGGGGGCUCCAGAGCUGACCGGCUGGCCACUUUUGAGCCCCCCCAAGGCUGGCAGCGGGCAGCGAAGGAGCAUACUCACCUGAGCUCUUCCUGCUCAGCUUCCUCUGCGCCGCUUAAUGAAGCCGGGAGCCAGAAUAUGACGUCAGUCCGGCUCCCGGCAUCACUAAGCGCUGCUUACUCAGCCUGUGCGCCCAUAGGCGUGCGCAGCCUAUUGCAUUAGGGUGUGCACCCUAAAACACAAACACACGCCGCGUGUGUGUGUGUGUGUGUAUAUAUAUAUAUAUAUAUAUAUAUAUAUAUAUAUACACACACACACUCUCACAGACACACACACUCACAGACACACACACUCACAGACACACACACACACACUCACAGACAGACACACACACACUCACAGACACUCAUACACUCACAGACACACACACACUCACAGACACACACUCACACACUGACACACACACUGACACAUACUCACACACUCACAGACACACACACACUGACACAUACUCACACACUCAGACACACUGACACAUACUCACACACUCACAGACACACACUCACACUCACACACACACACACACACACACACACACACACACACACACACACACACACACACACACACACACACACACACACAGACACACACUCACACACUCACAGACACACACUCACACUGACACAUACUCACACACUCACAGAAACACACACUGACACAUACUCACAGACACACACUCACACUGACACAUACUAACACUCACAGAAACACACACUGACACAUACUCACACACUCACAGAAACACACACUGACACAUACUCACACACUCAGACACAUACUCACACACUCACACACUCACACUGACACAUACUCACACACUCACAGACACAUACUCACACACUCACAGACUCCUCACACUGACAUACUCACACACUCACAGACACACACUCACACUGACAUACUCACACACUCACAGACACACACUCACACUGACAUACUCACACACUCAGACACACACUCACACUGACAUACUCACACACUCACAGACACACACUCACACUGACAUACUCACACACUCAGACACACACUCACACUGACAUACUCACACACUCACAGACACACACUCAGACACACACUCACACUGACAUACUCACACACUCACAGACACACACUCACACUGACAUACUCACACACUCACACUGACACAUACUCACACACUCACAGACACACUGACACACACACAAAUUAUUAUAUUUUAAUUUAAAAAAAAAAAUGUCCACCCAGCCUCCUACCUGGAGUGCUGGUGGACUUUUCCCUGGGGUCCAGUGGGGCGGGCGCCUUUCUGCAGUUCAGCCGCGGCGAGGGAGCUCUCUGCUGUCUGCUCCCUCUCGCCGCGCGGGCUGUCUGCUGCAGCUGGGAGCCGGAAUAUGACGUCAUAUUCCGGCUCCCGGCAUCAGCGCGCGGCGAGAGGGAGCAGACAGCAGAGACCAUACAGCUCCCUCGCCGCGGCUGAACUGCAGGGUGGGUGGAAUCAUCACCUCUUGCCCUCCCAUGACAGGGGCAAGAGGUAAAACAGGGGGCACUGAGUGCCUGCAGGAACGCUGUUCCUGCAGGACUCAAACCAUAGGCGUGCCACGGGGAUUAGGGUGUGCCCAGGCACACCCGGCACACCCCGUGCGCACGCCUAUGUGUGCGCCCCCUGCCUGCCUGCCCAGCAGCCACACUGGACUGCUGGUAAGAAAUCCACUCCAGCUUUCCCAGGGAGGCUGGGUGGAUUUAAAAUAAAUGUAAAAAAUAUUAGUUUGUGAGUGUUAGUGGAAAUGUCUGUGUGUGUGUCUGUGAGUGUUUAUUUUGAAGUGAAUGUGUGUGUGUGUGUGUGUGUCUGUAAGUGUGUAAUUGUGUGUGUGUGUGUGUGUGUCUGUAAGUGUGUAAUUGUGUGUGUCUGUAAGUGAAUGUGUGUGUGUCUGUGAGUGAAUGUGUGUGUUGGUCAGUGAGUGUAUAUGUGUCAGUCAGUGAGUGUGUAUGUGUCAGUCAGUGAGUGUGUAUGUGUCGCCAGUGAGUGUGUAUGUGUCGUCAGUGAGUGUGCGUCUGUCAGUGAGUGAGCGUCUGUCAGUCAAAGUGCGGCCUUGACAGGAAGGGGUGGGGGAAAUUUAAACUCGGUUACAGGCAUGUACACACACACUCAGUUAAAGGCAGUCACACAUACAGGCAACAGGCACAAACAAUGGCACAGCUACAGCGACACACACAGACAGACAGUCACAUAGGCAGUCACACACACAGACAGACACACAGUAACACACACAUAGACAGUUAUACACACACAGGCAGGCAGUCACACAGACAGAAAGUCACACACACAGGCAGGCAGUCACACACAGACAGAUAGUUACAGACAGACACACACAGGCAGGCAGGCAGUCACACACACAGGCAGUCACACACACAGACAGACAGUCACACACACAGACAGUCACACAGACAGACAGUCUCACACACACGGGCAGUCACACAGACAGACAGUCACACAGACAGACAGUCACACACACAGGCAGUCACAUACAUGGGCAGUCACAUACAUGGGCAGUCACACAGACAGACAGUCACACACAGGCAGGCAGUCACAUACAUGGGCAGUCACACAGACAGACAGUCACACACAGGCAGGCAGUUACACACACACAGAGACAGUCACACACACACACAGAGACAGACAGUCACACACACACACACAAGGACAGGCAGUCACACAGACAGUCACACACACACACACACACAAGGACAGGCAGUCACACAGACAGUCACACACACACACACACACGCACACAGGCAGGCAGUCACACAGACAGUCACACACACACACACAGACAGUCACACAAACAGGCAAACAGUCACACACACACACUUACCUCUUUCCAGUGGAUGCAGUUGGCUGAUGGGGAAGCAUCUUUCCCUCUUCCUGUACAGCAGGGGCUUCGGGAGGUAUUAGCCCCGUCUCCGCCUCUCGAUAAGCCCCGCCUCCGCCGCUCGGUAAACCCCGCCCCCUCUGCCGCGAUUUUUUUUUUUUUUUUUUAAUAGACCCGGGUGGAGAAUAAUUAAUCCUCCAGCCAGGUACCUCUUUUAGCUCCCCUGCACUCCGGCCAUGAGUGAGCUGUGUCGGCCACAGGGCGCCCCCUGUUCCAUGGCGCCCUGUGCGGUCGCACAGCUCGCACACCCCUAAGGCCGGCCCUGGUUGUGUUUAUGUAACACCAACAGAUAUAUACAUUAAUGAUAGUUGUCAAGGAAAAUGAGAAACAGGUCAAGUGGUGAGCCCUCUACCUUUAAAACACACAUUUCAACAAAAAAAAAAUCAAUAAUGCACCUUUUACUCCCAUCAUUGGUUAAAGGAAAACUGUCACCUUGUUUUUGCGAUAAAAAAGAUGACAGGGAUAUAUUUCCUUUUAUAUCAGCCUGUCAGUUUGAAUAUUUAGUGCCCAAGUACUGAGAAAACAGAGGAACAGUUCACACCACUUUAACAUUGUUUUCCCUUUUAAAUGAUUUCUUUAAGAGUUCUUAUAUAGGUAUCCAAAUCACGUUACAUAUUUAGCAAUUGGUUGUGCUACAGACACACAGGUAAUUAAACUACAUAUAAUGGUACAAUAAAACCCACUCCAAGCGAUAUCUGAAAUGAUUGCACUAAACGUUUCUUUCAAACACACCUGUACCUGCUCCCCAAUGUCUUUCCCUUGCUCACCCCGCAGUCGUGCUGUAGUGAUGGAUGCAAUCAGUGAAUUGGACAGUAUAUGUUGCAUGUUAGUUUAUCAGUAUGAGGAGCAGGACUGAGAGAAACACAGUAGUCCUCAUCCAAGCUCACUAGUGAUUGCUUAACGUCCCACACUUGGUGGCUUCAUGUAAGGGAGGAGACGUGCAAUUAAAGGGAUCUAGGUCAACGUCAAAACACACAUUCAGAAAGGCUUGUUACUUUAUUUCUAUCUAUCUAUUGUUUCAGUUUCUCCUACAAGUUCCUCCACAAUGAGGUUUUGGGUGAAGUUCACUUGACGGAGCCUCCAGUCCGGGUUGGAAUUCUCUUGGAUUACACCACUGGAAGACUUUCUUUCUACAACGUCCAGAAGGGAAACUUGCUGUUCACCUUCAGACACAGGUUUACAGAGGCCGCCCACCCUACGUUCGCUCUGGAGGCCUAUGGGGAACUUCAUUUACACACUGGGAUUGAACUGCCACGUUUUGCCAAAGACAGCUAAUUACUCAUUAGGGAGAUCAUUGUUUGCUGAAGGCCAUAACCAAAGUUUACUCUUAUAAAUCUCUGCUUGUCCUAACAUCCCUGUGUAGGCAGACUAUGGGAAUUAUGCAAUUAGGCAUUGAAGGGACGAUUAUCAACAGUUUAGCUUCAUAUUUCAUUUAUACAUGAUUAACAGUAACAUAUUUAUUUUGGGGUGCUAGUCCCCCUAGAAAUACACAUGGCACCUGGAUUUUAUGUGUACAGUUGGUCUUUAAAGUAUUUUUUUUGGGGGUGGUUUUUUUUUUCUCACCUCUAAGUUUUCACGCUAAAUAUUUAGGGCAAGCAGGGUAGUCUCAGAUGAGUUAAACGUGCAAUAAAUGUACUAAUAGCAAAGCCCUCUUAAUUUUUAGUAGAAUCUUUUACUUUAAAUGUGUGUCGGUGAUCUGUGGGGGUUUUUUUUAGGAAAGAAGCUAAUAGUUCAGAUCAAUGAAGCCUUAACGAAAGUCUUUGAAGAUAAUUGUAAUUAACGUAAACUUACACUGACAAACUCUGAAAUGGGAGCUUUUGAUCCAAUGCUAGAAAAAAAAAGAAAAUCUUUAACGUUCGGCAAGGUUAUUCAAACAAAUAAAUAUAUAAAGUAUAAUGAGGACGUCCGUUAGUUUCUGCAGAUUAGUAAGAAAAUAAAUAAAAUGCAAAAAGUUAGGUUUUACUUAGAAAGUUCUAAAAGAUUAAAAUGGGAAGCGAUUUGUACACAUUUAAUCUGUUUUUAGAAUAUAUUUGUCAUUCAUUUGUUCUUCUUAAUUUAUCAAACUGCAGAGCUUUACCUCCUCCCACCACAAAUAAUACAGUCUAAUCAUCAUGUUUCAAAAUUGAAAAAGUACAUAAAACACAUUACACAUUAAAUAAGAAAAAAAUGUCUGUUUGUAGUCAGGGUAGGGGGACUCUAGUAUACAGGUGCCUGUAGGCGGCUGCCGAACGCCAAAUGUGGCCUCCCAUCCGGCAGACUCUCCAGGAAGUCUUGCUCACUGGACUCUUUGAUCAGAUAACGGGAGUGAUUUACUAGUUAGUAGAAGAUAAAAAGCUUUGCUAUUUAACAUCGUGGUUUAAGGGCUCACUUGGUGGGAUUGGGAAAACAUAUUUGUUGUUUGCAACUACUUAUUAUAACAAUGGAAAAGUAACGUAAUUGGACUUCACGCAAUAUCUGUAGAAUUAACUUUACAAACUGUUUUUUUUUUUUACUUCUGUUAAAUCGUAAUUCUUUCUCGUAAAUAAUAGGAACGCGAUUUCUACCGUUUCCUACAGAGCAAUUUACUCCGGUUGGAAACUCUCUUUUUUUCUCCUACUGUAAAAAGUUUCGGUUCCAGUAAAUGGACUGGAAUAUUGGGAUGAGUUUUACUCAUGGAGUGAAAUUAUUUAUUUAUGUAUUAACUUAUUCUUAUAUAAAACUUCCCCUAUGCAGAGUGCUAGAAAUUAGAAUUCAUACGAUAAUCAAUUAGAAAGUUGUAAUGAAGUCAAAGAGUAAAUAAUAAAACAGAAGUUAAACAGAGCAGGAGAAUAGUAUAUAUUUAUAACCAUAACUGGGGGGUGUAGUGAUCGGGGGUGAUGGUUAUACGGGAGGGAAGUAGGGAACGAUUGAAAUUAGAUUGUGUGAAUGGAAAGGAUCCAGUACGGGGAUCGCGUUACGAAGUAUCUGGAACUUUUUUUAUGAAGAGAGUAAUCUUUAAGUGUUAAUAAAAGGGUGAGAGAGGACUGAACACGCACAAAGUGUAAAAUAAGAAACAUUCAACAAUCUGCUAUUUAUAGUCGCUAUAAACAUUAUUUAUUCAUUUUUAAUCAAAGCUUAAAGAUUGAGUUUUCAAGGCAGUGUCCCUUUUAAACAAACUAUGAAAAUAAGCAUUUUUGAGAAAAGGUAAGUUUUUUUUAAUAUUAAUGUAAAAAUUAUUUAGUAAAAAACAAUGGAUGAAUGGUAUUUCAUUAUUAUUAUUAUUAUUUAAUAAUAUAUAUAUCGCCAUCAGAUUCCGUAGCGCUGUACAAUGGGAUAAGGACAAUACUUGAGGUAUAUUUUAUUAAUAGAAACAGAACUAUGGAAUUAAACCCAUAAAAUGGCCAAUCCUUAUUAAAACAGGGUAAAUGUUAAAGAAAGGUUUUUAUUGUUUUGUGAAUAUUUUGCACACUUUUAGUUUACUUAAAUUCUCAAAUUGUGAAAUUCCACCCUCAUAUUAUAAUGCAGCUGAGGAACUAAUAGCGUGCGUUAUUUUAUAGGUUGGUUCUAUUAUAAAAGUUACAAUCUAGGAAGUAUAACAACCUCAGCUUAUUGUAGUAGUCAUAGUGCCAGAAUACUGUUCCUAUGGUCUUUUGUCUAAAUAAUUUCUAAGACUGACAAAGUAGGGCUUUCAAAUGGAGCUUAUAUCUGCUUGCUCAAGCCCUGUCACUCGGAACUUCUGCAACCAAUUAGAUGAUAAGUCACUGCUGAUGAGAAGGCCCUUGCAGACACUGCUCCAAAUGCUCGUAUGUCCAAACACUGAGUGAUGCCAAGUGCGCCCAGCACAAAUCAUCACAGACAAGAACAGUUCUUGGACUUGCAAGUGUUAACUCCCAGAAAGGGGCCCCUCGGGCUCCCUCCAAGUCCCUCCACGUUCCUCCACGUCCAGGGUCAUCUGAACAGCAUUAAAAGCCCCCGGGCAAAGCAGUGAGGCCCUGCCUACACAACCACCCACGGGAAUACAAAUCUAAAUUAUAAAUAACAUUAAGCUUAUAUGUAUUGGUACCUGCAACAAAUUCAAUACAUACACACAGAUUGCUGAAUACAUUCACAUAUAGCUGAAUACACACAGCCACACAGCCUUUUGGAUACAUUUACACAGAGAAACUGCUGAGUAGAAACACACAGACUGAUGAAUACACAGACACACACAGACUGCCUAAUACACAAAAACAGUAUGCUGAGAACACACACAUACAGACUGCUAAAUACACAUACAAACUGCUGAAUACACACACAGACACACAGACUGCUGAAUACACAGACACACACAGACUGCUGAAUACACAGACACGCACAGACUGCUGAAUACAUACACACAGACUGCUGAAUACACAGGCACACACAGACUGCUGAAUACACAGACAGAUUGCUGAGAACACACACACACAGACUGCUUAAUACACACACACACACACAGACUGCCAAAUACACACACACAGACUGCUGAAUACACAGACACGCACAGACUGCUGAAUACAAACACACAGACUGCUGAAUACACAGACACGCACAGACUGCUGAAUACAUACACACAGACUGCUGAAUACACAGGCACACACAGACUGCUGAAUACACAGACAGAUUGCUGAGAACACACACACAGACUGCUUAAUACAUACACACACAGACUGCCAAAUACACACACACAGACUGCUGAAUACGCAGACAGAUUGCUGAGAACAGACACAUACAGACUGCUAAAUACACAUACAGACUGCUGAGAACACAGACAUACAGACUGCUAAAUACACAUACAGACUGCUGAAUACACACACAGACUGCUGAAUACACAGAUUGUAGUGUGUGUGAAGGGGUGCAGUGUGGUGUGUGAGGGGGUGCUGUGUGUGUGUGAUUAGGGUCUAUACUACUGUGUGUGUGGGGUUAAGUGUGGUGUGUGAGGGGUGCACUGUGUGUGUGAGGGUGUGCAGUGUGGUGUGUGAGGGAGUGAAAUGUGUGUGUGUGAGGGGGUGCAGUGCAGUGUGUGUGAGGGGGUGCAGUGCAGUGUUUGUGAGGGGAUGCAGUGUAGUGUGUGUAAGGAGGGUGCAGUGUGUGUGAAUAGGGUCUAUACUCUGUGUAGGGUGUGUGAUAAGAGAGCAAAGUGUAUAUAUAUCUAUUUGUUUUUAAAUUUAAAAAAAAAGAGAAAAAAGCUCUAUGUCCCCCCCCCCCCACCCAUCUUCUUCUUACCUUUGGCAAUCUCUGGUGGUCCAGUGGUGGCAAGGGAAAUUCAGCCUGCACCUGAAUUUUUCAAUGUAGAACUUUACUCUUCGGUUUAAAGCUCUGUUGUGUCAGUUUGAGACGUUAGUUAAAUGAACGGCUACAAGGAAAACACCCAUUGCACCAUAAACACUGCACUACGCUGUGAGUGGUCGUGAGUCCAAAAACGUCCCUUUAAUGCAGUAAGUGUGAAGCAUUUCCAUACUUCCUCAUAACGUGUUGGAUCUCGCCUUGUCCACAUUAUACCUUGGGAUUGAUGUCUGCUUUUCUAAGCAAAAGGCAAUGGACGUCUGUGUGUUACUUUACCAUAUAUUUCUAUAUAUAGGCAACAUGUCAUUUUAUUUCAGUUCUCUCCAAUGAAAUUGGCGUUUUUAAUCUUGUCUGGGAAAUAAAUGUUUUAUCUAAAUUAAAGUGUAGAAAGUAAGUGUCCAUUAAUAUAAUAUUAAUAUAGCUAUUGUCCAUAUUUGCCAAAUACAUAGGCCCUGCAUGUGUAAAUAUUCAGAUAUUAUACGAUAAUUAUUUAUUUUUCUAUAGCCUGUAUCUCCCAAGAUUAUUCAAUACAGGGAAUAGGUGACAUCACUACCCAUCCCAAUGUAGAAAAAGACCCUAGUGGGCAUAGAACCUGCAAACCCAACAGGUCCUUUAAGAGGUGUAUUAACCAAGUGAGCUAUCACAGCUGCGUCUUGCUUAGACAAUGCUUUACAUAAAUGAAAAAAACAUAUCUACCAGAGUCUUAACAUUUCAUUUUUCUAAUUAUUUUUGGAAUUUGCUAAGUUUGGCUCCUCUUUGUAUUUUCACUAAUGAACAAAACUUGUGAUAUGACAAUAGACCAUGUGUAGGUUACCAAAAAAAUCAUCUCUUGACUUUGUUAGUAAUGAAAUGAGCAAUUUUGCUUUGUGAUAACUGAAAAGGGCUUUGUUUUUUCGAUGAAAUAAAACCUAAGAUAUUAAAACAAUACGUUUGGUGACUAUUUACUGAAAUCAGGAUUAUCUAUACAGUUCUAAAAUGUUUUCACAGUUCUCCAGUGGCAUACUAACAGG